CCUAUACUUUGAUCCGCUGGGAUUUUUUUCCUCCCUUUCCUACAGAGCCUUCCCACGCCCCAGUUCCCUCCCUCUCUAUCCAGCUUGGAUUUUUUUCUUUUCUUUUUUUUUUUUUUUUAUUCAUAUAUUACUAUUCUGAUUUUUUUUUUUAAGCGGUGGACAGAGAGAGGGAGAGACAGUAACACAGAGGGCAGGAGGAAAACGCUCUGUUCGUCCUUUCCGCCACCACCACCCCGACUUGCGGAGAGGGGUCGGGCCGAGCGGCGGCGGAAUCAGCCCCUUUUCCCGGGGGAGGCGACCCCGGCUCGGGGAGCCGCCGGAGGCAGCCGCCGCGAAGAGGGGGCGCAGGAAAAGAGAUGCAUUGAAAGUUUCCGCGCAAACUUUGCCGUGAGUGCGCGAAACCGAGCGAGCGCGGCGCGGGUGCCUGCCUGCCCCGACGCGGGGAGAGCGCCGCGGACGGGCGCCGCUGUGGAGCACGGACUGCCCGGCGGCGGGGGCCGGGCGGCGGCAGGGCGGCCGCGGAGCCUACGCUCGGCCCGGCGGAGCGCCCACGGAAAGCAGCAGCGGGGGCCGGCGGAGAGCCGGGUUUAUGGAGGAGUGAAACCGGAGACCCCGAAGAGGAACCCCCCUUACCCCGGAACCCUUCGCAGCGCCCGGCCGGCGGCACCCCAGGAGGCGGCGGCGGGCACGGAGGAGGCGCGGGCGAGAGCGCGGCGGGGCGGCGGCGGCGGGGCGGCGGCAGCGAGGCGGAGCACGGCGGGCCCCGCUUCGCGGCGUGCGCCGGCAACCAUGAACUUUCUGCUCACUUGGAUCCACUGGGGGCUGGCGGCGCUGCUCUAUCUGCAGAGCGCGGAGUUGUCGAAGGCUGCGCCUGCCCUGGGGGAUGGGGAGCGGAAACCCAAUGAAGUUAUCAAAUUCCUGGAAGUCUACGAGCGCAGCUUCUGCAGGACUAUUGAGACCCUGGUGGACAUUUUCCAGGAGUACCCUGAUGAGGUGGAGUACAUAUUCAAGCCAUCCUGUGUGCCUCUGAUGAGAUGUGCGGGUUGCUGCGGCGAUGAGGGCCUAGAAUGUGUCCCUGUGGAUGUGUACAACGUCACGAUGGAGAUCAUGAGAAUUAAACCCCAUCAGAGUCAGCACAUAGCACACAUGAGCUUCUUACAGCACAGUAAAUGUGACUGCAGACCAAAGAAAGAUGUCAAAAACAAACAAGAAAAGUGGGCACAGAAACCCAGAUCUGAUGGUCCUUCCUUCAUACCCCAGACAUGGACCUUGCAUGACCCAUGGCCAUGGCAGUCAAUCCUAAUGCUUUUUCCCGAGUCAGGGAAGUCCCGUCAUGUCUGUCCUGCCGGAAUGGAUUCAAGAAAAUCAAAGCGAGGAAAGGGGAAGGGUCAAAAGAGAAAGCGCAAGAAAGGCCGGUACAAACCACUCAGCUUUCACUGUGAGCCUUGCUCAGAGAGGAGAAAGCACUUGUUUGUACAAGAUCCCCAGACCUGUAAAUGUUCCUGCAAAUUCACAGACUCACGUUGCAAGUCGAGGCAGCUUGAGUUAAACGAGCGCACUUGCAGAUGUGAAAAACCGAGACGGUGAGCAGCGGAAAAAAAGGGGGAACAGCCCUGUUUCUGGAGCCUGAUUUCUCGCCUGGACAGAAUAAAACAAAACAAAACACUAAUCCAAAUGAACCCUAAAAAUGAAGGAUCGGUAGAGCACAGCACUUUCAGUACGGACGAUGGACUCCGGAAGGAACAUUCCCCAAGGCACCCGCCGCACAGAAUUCACCUAUGGGUUUUGAACUGUUUUAUUUUAUUUUUCUUUUUAUGCUGCUAAAUAACAGAGCCAGGAAGACUUA